UCACUCUCCGAUUCUAGCCUUUCUCUCUCCACUUCCACCUCUCCCAACCACCGUUCACGGCAGAGCAAUGGAGCCCGACGUGAGCAUCGAGACGAGCUGCAUGAUCCGAGUCGCCGUCGUCCCGAUCGGCCCAAUCCCAACGUCUCUCUUCCGCGACUACACUUCCAGUCUCGUCCGCCACCACACCGUUUCUCUCUCCUCAAUUAGCUCCUUCUACACCGAGCACCAAAAAUCCCCCUUCUCUCAGCAACCAUGGGACUCCGGUAGUCUCCGAUUCAAGUUCAUGCUCGGCGGAUCACCGCCUAGUCCCUGGGAAGAUUUCCAAUCUCACCGGAAAAUCCUCGCCGUUAUUGGCAUUUGCCACUGCCCAUCUUCCCCCGAUCUUGACUCCGUUAUCGAGCAGUUUGGGACUGCGUGUAAGGGUUACUCUUCGUCUCUUGUUCAGCGCUGUUUUGCAUUUUGUCCCGGUGAUUCUCAGCUAUGCUGUGUGAAGGAGUUGAUGAUCAUUGAAAGGGCCAUGUAUUCAAUUACCAAAGAGAUUUUCUGGAGACAUGUGAGGCAUGCUUAUUUGUUAUUUGAAGCGCUAGAGGAUGACAGCAAAAAGGGGAGAACGUUAAUUUUGUUUCCUCCUGCUGAUCGACAAACUCAGGAAUUCCACUUACAAACGAUGGUGCAAGAUAUUGCCGCCUCACUGUUGAUGGAAUUUGAGAAAUGGGUUCUCAAAGCAGAAUCUUCUGGAACCAUUCUUAAAACACCUUUAGAUUCUCAAGCCAGUCUCAGCUCAGAGGAGGUGAUCAAGGCAAAAAAACGGAGACUUGGUCGGGCACAGAAAACCAUAGGAGACUAUUGUUUGUUGGCAGGAUCACCUGUUGAUGCCAAUGCCCAUUACUCCACUGCAUUGGAACUUGCCAGGUUGACUGGUGAUUAUUUCUGGUAUGCUGGAGCAUUAGAGGGCAGCGUCUGUGCCUUGUUGCUAGAGGAUGACAGCAAAAAGGGGAGAACGUUAAUUUUGUUUCCUCCUGCUGAUCGACAAACUCAGGAAUUCCACUUACAAACGAUGGUGCAAGAUAUUGCCGCCUCACUGUUGAUGGAAUUUGAGAAAUGGGUUCUCAAAGCAGAAUCUUCUGGAACCAUUCUUAAAACACCUUUAGAUUCUCAAGCCAGUCUCAGCUCAGAGGAGGUGAUCAAGGCAAAAAAACGGAGACUUGGUCGGGCACAGAAAACCAUAGGAGACUAUUGUUUGUUGGCAGGAUCACCUGUUGAUGCCAAUGCCCAUUACUCCACUGCAUUGGAACUUGCCAGGUUGACUGGUGAUUAUUUCUGGUAUGCUGGAGCAUUAGAGGGCAGCGUCUGUGCCUUGUUGGUAAGCAUGUUCUGUGAUCCAAGAUAA